AGUCAACUAGCAAGAGAGCGCAGUCGUCAAGUGGGAAAACAUGUGGAAAGUUUUGCCAUGAUUUCAGAUGUGAAAGGAUGCAAACCGGAUGCAAGAAAAGUAUUUCACAUACUAAAACAAUGCAUUUAUAUCGAUGACAACUAUUAUCCUGAACGAUUAGGGCAAAUGUUUGUUGUGAAUCCACCAUUGAUUUUUCCUGCGCUAUGGAAUCUAGUAAAGCACUGGUUUGAUCCAGUAACGAAAGCAAAAAUUUUCGUCAUCAAGAAAGGUCCUGAAACAUUAUCUACAUUACUGCAACAUAUUGAUUCUGAUCAAUUGCCACGUGAAUAUGGUGGGAGUUGUGAAUCAUGUCCAACUGGUCCAAAUUGUAUUGCUUCACAUAGCCUAUGUACCGACGCUGACGAUGAUGUAGAAGAGGAGAGCCUAAGCAUGGCUAGCUAA